GCUUCAUGGUGGAAACAGUGCAGCAGAUAAAGUAUACCAUACAGUUUAUAAGCGAAUCAUAGAUUAAAAUAAAGAAUAUAUUCAUCUGGAAGACGCAAGAAAAGACAGACAUAGUAGAAGAGAAGGCAAUACAUCUUUUUACAUUAUCCAUGAUUUGAUUGCUCAGCAAAAAGUGUAAUGAGGUAUAAUAUCCAUCUAUGGAGUAUGGUUUACAUACUGUAUGUGCCUACUUGUGUGGUAGGAUUGGUCACUGAAGCUGUACCUGGACAGAAUAUAUCUCUGCCAUGUAUGGUUAAACAGGUGAAUAACCAACAGAUUAUUAAGUGGUGGGGUCACAAUGGUUACAUCAGUUCUGGAAAAAUGUUCACUAAUAUACUUGGCGCUACAACACCAUUUUAUGCUUUACCUGGUGCAGGUAAUGACUACAGUCUGUUCAUUAUGAUACCUGAUGACAUCAUGAUCUGGACAUAUCUUGCAGACACAUAUGAAUGCAGGUUAGUGUUAAACAAUGAUGAUGAAGAUUUCCAGAAUUUAAAAAUUCAUGAACUGCAAAUCUACCAGCCAGAAUGUGCAAUCAUCAAUAUUAAUGGUAGCACAUCAGUUGCUUCAUGCUCCUAUCGAAAUAUUCAACAGUUCCAGGAAACAUGGUUGAUAGUUAAAGACGUCAGUGUUGCAUGCAUAAGAAAUUGCACAUCUGACAUAUGUACAUUGAAUUACACAUACAACCCAAGCGAGGCCAAUCCACAGGAUACUGUGUGUAAUGUCACAAUCACUGGGUCUAUGAGAACAUUUAAAUGUACUUUAAAGGAGACACAUAUCCCAACAUUACCACCAAAAACUGAAGUACCCUCACAAUCAAUUUCCCCUACCAAAUACAUUGAUGUAGAAAAUUCACAAGGCACCAUGGUCCAAUCAAGUUCAAAAGGCACUGUAAUAUCUUCAACAAUAACAACAGCAGCAAAAGAAGACAAUGCUACACAAUUAAUAGUCAUAAUAUCAUUAGCAGCUAUAAUAAUUUUAUUUCUGGUUAUUACUAUCUUGUAUUUUAUAAGAAGGAGCUUCAAAAAUAAACAAAAUUCUGCAAUGAAAUCACCACCGACAGAUAAAAAUGAAUAUAUUGAGAAUGACCAAAAGGAACAUACAAAAAAAUUUAGUAUGUUGGAAGGACCUGCACAAAGUGAUGACAUCAAUUUUAAGCAAUCUUCUGAAGAUAGUGUCAUGAAAGAAAAUGUCAUCUACCAAUCAGCAGACACCAACGCUUAUGAACUAACACCAACUGUUAAUAAAGUUAGUGUUGCCAAGCCUGAUGUUGACCAAACAAACAAGGCUUAUGAAGAAAUUGAUGAUUUUGUCGAUGGUAUAAAUAUGAAUAAGAAAAACGAUGGGCAUACUACGUCUCAGACACAUAACAAGGAUGAAACAUUUGAUGAUUUCGGGUAUAUAGAAAAAGAGAAUGAGGCUUACCAAUCACUUGAUGAUGAGUUCAAUGUAGGAACAGGGAAUUAAUGCUGGCAAAAUCCAAGGGAUUGUGGAAAAACAGCAGUCAUUGAGCCAGAAAACCCACAGUUUUUUACUUUUCAUUUUUUUAAAAUGUGAGAAAAAAAAACCUUAACACCAUGCUUUAGACAGGUUUGGAGAAUAAAAACAAACCAAAUAAAAUAUGUAUCCUUAUUUUAAUGACUAGUUAUAAAACCAACAAUGUUGAUAUGAAUUGCACUUGUAAUAUUGCCAAUAAAGAAUUGGAUAUUUAAUUUGGAAGGGGUCACUACAAAACAUUUGAGAUACUCUGUACAUGGGUCAAAUACAGAAUACAGUACACAGUUUCAUCUUUAUGAUACUUUUUAGUAUUCAAAACUGUUAAUUUUAUAUGAAAUAACUGUAUACUAUAUCAGGGGUCUCAAGUUUGAAGAAGUGAAUUCCAGGAGAUCUGCAGUGGCAGAUGCAGGAAUUCGAAAUAGAGGGGGACCUAUGGAGGAACUUUUAUAGAUGGAGAAUCUACCUACCUAAAUUUAUUAUUUUGGCACCUCUAGAUGGCUGCAAAUAGCACCAUCAGACUUAAAUUCAGAGGUGGCGCCAGGAUUUGCCCGACGGGGGGGGGGGUUUCGAAAGUGGUCCUGGGGGCGAAUCCCCCGAAAAUUUUGACAAUUCGAUUUUAGAGUCCAAUAAUAUGUAGAAAAUACAUAUAAUUUUUUUUUUCUCCCCGACGAAUUGUGCUUUUUCUCUCCGACGGGCGGGCCAGCUCUCCCCCACGGGGGGCCCUGGCCUCCCCCACUGGCGCCACCCCUGCUUAAAUUUGAAUAUAAUUUUAUUUUUUUCACCAUUAAAAAAAAUAAUUUUGAACAAUUUAGCCUCCCCACCCACCCCUUUGAAUCUGCCACUAACCUGGUUAAUGAGCUUUCUUUUAAUUUAAUUUUGCUGGCCGUAGUGAUACCAUCGACACUGAUUUCUGAGAUACUCCCGUGAGUGGCGGGAGACUUGGAACCCCUGCUAUAUAAUGAAAUACUCUACAGUUGAAGCCAUAGUAUAGUUGUCUAUGAGACUGCUUAUCAUUUAAGUGAAUACAUUUGUACUGAAAAUAUUGUUUGUUUUAAUAGUACUUAUUAAUUAAUUUUGUUAAUUGGGUAUUUUAAUUGGUUGGGGGUAACUACAGAUAAAUAUUGUUAGAUACUGUACUACAGCAAGGGUAAGACAGAGUACAGUUUCAAUUAAAAUCUUUAUGGUAAUUUCAGUUUUCAAAACUGUUAUUUUAUGAUAUGAAAUUAUUGUAAAUAAUGCAAUACUGUACAUAGAUUUUAUUUUUGUAGACAUACAUUAGCUGUUUGUGCCUAUCAUUUAAGUGAAUUAAUUUGCAAUGAGAAAAUAUUGUUCAUGUUAUAAUACACAUAGGCAUAUUAAUUGUGUACCUGCGUGUACCAUUAUAAACUAAUUUGAGUAACAACAAAAUAUUUUUUACGAUUUACUGCCCAAACGCUUGCACACUAAAUGUGCUUUUAGACCACAAUAUUAGGGAUUGGCAAUUAAAAUUGCAUUAUUUUGGAUAGGCAAUUUAUUAUUUUUUUGACCUAGUCAUUCGUCAGACGACAGUAAUUUCCAGGCUUAUCCAAAGGUGGGGGGCAAAUUCCCCAAUGGCGCCACCACUGCAUGGAAGGCGUGCUAGGAAAAAUUGAGCAAGCGUCAUCUGAUAUGUCGAGUAUGUGCAAGCGCAUCUGUGAAGAUUUGCAUGACAGCCUUAU